AUGAAGACAACAAAAUUACCCUCCAACUCAGUGCUCUUACAAAAUGAGCCCAUAACAGUUCACGAGAGAGAAAUUAUCGUGACUGGAAAUACAGGAAAAUACAUCACUCUUUCGCUACAAACCAAUUCUCUUGUCAUUAAAAGCGAGUCUGGAAGUAAACAUAUACGUCCUUCCGUCCAAGGUUUGCGUGAAGAAGAAUCAAAGAACACGAAAAGCUAUAAGUGCUUUGGAUUAUGUUCUAUUGGUGCUGCGGAUCCUUGUGUGCGCGUGGUACCAUUCUAUAACAUACUCUGGGCAGAACUAAUCGGUACCAAUCUGACAAUACGCUAUGCCUCUCCAGUUUCAAAGACUGUCGUUAAGGCCGCCAUUCUCAAAUAUACGGCUGACUUCAAGCUUUGUGAGCAAGUCCAGGAAUGGAUUCAGGACCUAUUACAUCGCUCUUACGGUGUUUCUAAAUGGCGAAAGCGCAUUAAGGUCUUGGUGAAUCCUCAAGGCGGAAAAGGAGCUGCAAUAAAGAUGUAUUUUCGCAGCGUAGAGCCGCUUUUAAAAGCAGCCCAUUGUCAGAUUGAUGUGGAGCAAACAACACACCGUGGCCAUGCAUGUGAAAUUGCGGAGAACCUCGAAAUUGAGGCCUUUGAUGUAGUGGCAUCAUGCUCUGGGGACGGUUUACCUUACGAAGUAUUCAACGGUUUCGGCAAGAGAUUAGAUGCAAGGAAGGCUCUUUCUAAUAUUGCUGUAGUACAAAUUCCAUGUGGAAGUGGGAAUGCCAUGAGCUGUAAUCUAAAUGGGACAAACAGUGCAAGUAUGGCAACACUAGCGAUUAUUAAAGGUAUUCCCACAUCUCUGGAUCUAAUAUCAAUUACUCAAGGCAAAACUCGGACACUAAGUUUUCUUUCUCAAUCAGUGGGAGUUAUAGCCGAAGCUGACUUAGCAACCGAGCAUUUAAGAUUUCUAGGUGCUCAUCGCUUUACCUACGGCCUUCUAAAGCGCCUUUUCAGGAAAAUGACUUAUCCUUGUGAUAUAGCUAUUAAAGUGGCAAUUAGUGAAAAGUCGGAAAUAAAAGACCUAUAUAGGAAUAAUAAGAUUUACCUUGAAAAACGGUGCGAAAAUGGGGAAUUAAACAACAAAUAUUUACACGUCGAUGACACUUCCACAACCAGUAGCUAUGAUGAUGGACUGCCUGAUCUGGAAUUUGGAACUGUGAAUGAUAAAUUGCCAGAAGGGUGGGAAUUGGUUCCAUACGAAAAGCUUGGAAACUUCUACUGUGGAAACAUGGCUUAUAUGUCACCCAAUGCCAAUUUCUUUUCAGCCACUCUACCUAACGACGGCUUUAUGGACUUGAUAUGUAUCAAUGGUGAUCUCAAAUUACAUUCGGCUAUAACCAUGAUAUCCGCCGUGGAGGACGGCACAUUAAUCGACAGACCUGAAGUUUUGUAUCGCAAAAUUCUUGGCUAUAGAAUUAUCCCCAGAAACCAAGAUGACGGAUAUAUCAGUAUCGAUGGUGAGCGUGUACCAUUUGCACCUUUUCAAGCAGAGAUACAUCCUGGCCUUGGAACUGUUCUGAGUAAAACCGGAUAUCGCUACGAAACUACUGGGGUCUUCUAG